CAUAAUUCGCAUUUUCCCCCCAUUUCGCAAAAAUCGACCCACGCAUGCGUGAGUUGUGCACAUAGCUCCUGUCACUUAACCCUGAGAAAAUCGUCAAAAUAUCAAACAAAACGGCUCAAAUCCCAGUCCGAAUCGUUAAUUAAGCCCCCGUACUAACCGUUUGUCUUAUGGCACCAGUUGAAGAUAACGACAGUGGCAUGGAAUCACAGGAAGGGUCACAAGCACAAGAUGCUCCCAGCAAGGAGUUUUCGCCGGAAAAGAAGCUCGAGCUGGAAAUGGACUACGACGACGAGCCAGACGAGACGUUAACUGAGCGACUUUGGGGCCUCACCGAAAUGUUUCCCGAAUCAGUCCGUAACGCCACACACGCGGCGGCUGUUAAUACACAACAAGGUGUAAAAAAUUUGUACGGGUUCUCACGGAGCGCUUUAUGGAUAGUUUUUAGUACCUCAAUCAUCCUAUUUGCCCCUGUAAUAUUCGAGGUCGAACGGGCACAAAUGGAGGAAAUGCAGCGUAACCAACAGAAACAAAUGCUUUUAGGGCCGAAUACGGCCGUUUCAGGGGGCGGCAUGCCGUUGAUGCCUCCGAUGCAGCGAUAAUGGGGAAAGUCGGGGUGUUUUAGGUUUUUUAAAGUUCUGUAUGCAGUCUGGUUGUAAAAUUCCUGUUUAAUAUAACUACGAUCAAUUGCAUAUUGUUGCAUUUUUAAUGCUUGGAAUAGUUAGUUGCGUUAGAAUAAAACAUUAUUGGCUAAAA